AUGGGGAUUUCAAAGUUACAGAGAAUGAUAAAUGAUUUGUGUCUCUGUGAAGAGGUUAAAGUAGAAAAAACAAGUCUCAUCAUUGAUGGUGCAGCUCUUUAUUAUUGUUUGUAUUAUAACUCUGAUCCAAAGCUGGACCAGCGCUGUGGAGGAGAUUAUCCUGGAUUCAAAGAUGAGGUCUGUAACUUCUUUAAGACUCUAAAGGACUGUGAAGUCACUCCAUACGUCUUCCUGGAUGGAGGCUCAGGAUCCGAGAAGCAUGAAACACUUCAGCAACGUCUUAAAACAAAACUUAAAAAUGCAAAGACAGUAGCAGAGAGUAAGCCUGACGCUGUACCAAAAGGAUGUAACGUCUUACCACCUCUGGUCAAAGAUGUCUUCAUUGAAAUCUUGAAGGAGAACAGGAUAGAGUUUAAACAGUGUUUAGGAGAGGCAGACCCUGAAGUUUUUUCUGCUGCAAAUCAGAAACAAUGUCCUGUGCUGGCCACUGACACAGAUUUCUGCAUCUAUGAUGUGCACAAAGGUUUCCUUCAUCUUGACAACUUUGAGUGGAAAAGCAAAGAGGAUGGCAAAAUUCCUGCUAAGCUCUACGCACGUUCAAAGUUUUGUGAGCAUUUUAAAUUGGACCCUGCUCUCAUGCCAGUCUUUGCUUCAGUAGCAGGAAAUGAUUAUUCAAGAUUAGAAGAUAAAGGUAGGUUUGCAAGAGAAUCAUCUUCAUCUGUGAGCAGUGAUGAACAGGAGCAGCUGCAACUACAGUGUCUGCAUAAGGCUCCUGAGGGUUUGCGUCGCAGGGUGUUUGAAGAAGCUCUGCAGGUUCAGACUUCAGCCUUAGAAAACAUCCCCGACCAGCUGAAGCUGCCAGUCUGUGUGACUGUUUUCUGGUUCAAGAAUUUACAAAGUGCCCCAAAACCUGAAACUGUCCACUGCCUCCACGCCCUCCUGCUGGGGUUUGUGUUUAACCCCAAUAGUCCAGAGGACGAGUUUGAGAGGAAGAUGAAAACUUUAAAGGAUGAAGGUGUGAGUAACUGGCAGCCCCGUGUGGCUCAUGCUUUUAGCCAAUGGCAGUGCUGCAUGAGGCAGAGUCUCCACCUGAACCAGUUGCUGUGUUCCCCUCUACCAGAACCUCAGUGUGCCCGGCUUUACUGUGGCCCUCUCCUUCAUUGGCUGGCAGAUGAAGACACGAUUAAAGAACUACAGAAAACACUGAGAGGAGAAAAGAAGGAAUUAUAUGAGAACCUAAAGACUGCUUGUAAUCCAUCUUCUGGAGAGGGAUCCUCUCAGUCCUUGAUGAGUGCAGCUCCCUCUAAUGAGAAGGGAUCGAGCAGGGAAGAAGAGCAGAGAGACUUAAAGCAGAAGAAAACAGAUUAUUGA